UACAUAUUAGUUAUUACUAGAUGUACAAUGAACCCAACUUAUGUUUUGAUAUUCAUGUGUACAUUGAUUGUAGAAAUAGGUACAAUCAUUUUGAAUAAGCCUAACCCUCGAAUGUCCCUGGAAGCCGGUGGUAAAAACUCUACAGGUUCGCAAAACUCAGAAAAUAUUUUGUGCAGAGGCUGUGGAAGUCAAACGUCUUCGGCUAAUUUCAUAAUAUCCAAAUUAAGCCCGUCCUCUCACUAUGCGUUCAAUGACACAUUGUUCAAUAGAGAAAUGGUUCUUGUACAAGUAGUAUCACAUGAUAUCAUUUUUCAAUUCCCUGUGAUACGCGAGAAUGACAAGUCUGUGGUGAUAACUACCACUCAAUCUACAUGCCAAGGUUUUGGGGAGUGGCAGGUUGAUAAUUCAUGGUUCCCUGGAUAUCGCUGGAAGCUCUGCAUUUGCCCUGACUGUGGACAACUUGUAGGCUGGAUAUUUGAGUCUAUUAGUCGUGGGAGUCUUAAAUCACCAGAUGAAGUUUUCUGUUUAGUUCUGACAUCAGUGAUUGGAGAAUCUUGUAACUAUAAUUUGGAUCACAAGGGUUUUGUGGGAACUUGUGUUGUUUUUUUCAGAAUGGGAGGAUAAUUGUUAGCUAUUUGUGGAUUGUGACUGCAGUAUAAUUAUUUUUGCUUGUUAUCAGAUAUACAACCAGGAAUACCUCUUGAUGUUUGCUUUUU